CCCACCACAUUCCCAUCACAAGAUGCUUUCCUCAAGAUUAUUCUUCAGACCUUCCACUCAACACAUCGCCAGAAGAACUUACGCUACUCAAGUUGCUAAAUUCAACGGUAAGAAAAACGCCAAUGGUAAAUACACCGUUUCUUUCAUUGAAGGUGAUGGUAUUGGUAUUGAAAUCUCAAAAGCUGUUAAAGAAAUCUACGCUGCUGCUAACAUCCCAAUUGAAUGGGAAUCUUGUGAUGUCACUCCUUUAUUAGUCAACGGUCAAACCACCAUCCCACAACCAGCUGUUGACUCUAUCUACAAGAACUUGGUCGCUUUGAAAGGUCCAUUAGCUACACCAGUUGGUAAAGGUCAUAAAUCAUUAAAUUUAACUUUAAGAAAAACUUUUGGUUUAUUUGCCAAUGUUAGACCAGCUAAAUCAAUUGCUGGUUACCCAACUCCAUAUGAAAAUGUUGACACUGUCUUGAUUAGAGAAAACACUGAAGGUGAAUAUUCAGGUAUUGAACAUACUGUUGUUCCAGGUGUUGUUCAAUCAAUCAAAUUAAUCACAAAAGAAGCUUCAGAACGUUGUAUCAAAUAUGCUUUCGAAUAUGCUAGAUCAAUUGGUAAACCUCGUGUUUUAGUUGUCCACAAAGCUACCAUUAUGAAAUUAUCUGAUGGUUUAUUUGUUGAAACUGCUAAAGAAGUUGCUAAACAAUUCCCAGAUGUUGAAAUUGAUUUCGAAAUCAUUGACAACACUUCAUUAAAAUUAGUCACUGAUCCAUCUAAAUAUUCAAAUGUUGUUAUGGUUAUGCCAAACUUGUACGGUGAUAUUAUGUCAGAUUUAGCUUCUGGUUUAAUUGGUGGUUUAGGUUUAACUCCAUCAGGUAACAUGGGUGAUAAAGUUUCCAUCUUUGAAGCCGUCCAUGGUUCAGCUCCAGAUAUUGCUGGCCAAAACAAAGCUAACCCAACUGCUUUAUUAUUAUCAUCAUGUAUGAUGUUGCAACAUAUGGGUUUAGAAUCAUAUGGUGAAAAAAUCCAUAAAGCUGUUUUGAAAACUAUUGCCUCAGGUAAAGAAAACAGAACUGGUGAUUUGAAAGGUAGUGCCACCACUUCUCACUUCACUGAACAAAUCAUCAAAAACUUGGAAUAGAUUUCUAAUAGUUCUUAAACACAAAACAUUUAUGUUAUUUCUUUACUUAAUUAUUUUUUUAUUUUUUUGAUGACCCUUUUUCUUACACAACAUAUAUACUAGUACCAUAAAACUAUAG